AUGGCCACACUACAGCGCAUCAGCAAGCGCGAUGCGCUUCUGAAGACAGCUCCAAUGCGCAGCUGUUAUAAAUUAUAUGUACCCACCCCACAGCUUCCAUUUACAGGCUUUGAGCUAAUGUUUCUAGGUACUGGUGCGGGUUCUCCCUCCGUCCGACGCAAUCCUGCAGGCGUGUGUUUGCGUUUAACACGCAGUAAUUGGAUGUUUGAUUGUGGCGAAGGAAGUCUACGCCAGCUCAUCAAAAGUACUGUGCGUGUGCCUUUAACAACCAAGUUCUUCAUCUCGCAUUUACAUGGAGAUCACUUGUACGGACUUCCUGGGAUCCUCUGCACGCUAGACAAUCAUAACGCUGAAUACAAGGACCCGCUGACAAAGGUGAAGGUAUCCCGACCCAUUGAUGUCUAUGGACCGCUGGGUUUAUUUUCAUAUUUGAAUACGGCAUUUUCUACAAGCAGCACGAGGCUUUCAAAUUUGAAGAUUACAGUGCAUGAGCUUGUGUGUCCUCACAUGCUUGACAAGACGUCUGCGCAUGAAAAGUUUAUGCGCAAUGCACCGAAACAUGCAAAUCUUACUCGAAAAUGGGUGCGAGCGAAACCUGGUGUAAACGGUGAUGUUUGGAACGUGCUGGACGACGGAAUGUAUACAGUCAAGGCUGCAGUGUUAAAGCACACUGUUACAAGUUUUGGUUACGUUGUCGAGGAGUACCCUAUUCCAGGAAAAUUGAAUUUAGACGCGCUCCGCAAACGUGGAUUGCCUCCAGGACCAAAGUAUCGCGCACUCAAACUCGGGAAAAGUGUUAAAUUACCGAAUGGCGACAUUUUACAUGCGUCUGAGGUUGUUGGACAAAAAGCCCGUGGGCGGAAGGUAGCAAUCUUAGGUGAUUCCUCUGACUCCUCGCGACUUUUUGACAUAGCUCAGAACUGCGACGUGUUAGUUCACGAGGCAACAUUGAGUCAUAAGAUGGUCAAACAGGCUGUGCAUCGUGGUCAUUCAACUGCUCGCAUGGCUGGAUACGCAGCCAAGAAAAUGAAUGCGACUUUACUCGCGCUGACUCAUUUUAGUCAUCGUUUUCGUCAUUGGUCUAUCGAAACAAAUGCACGAACAACACUUCAUCUCACUAUGGAGGCCCAAGAAAUGUUCGGGCGACGAGCAAUUAUUCCAGCAACCGACUUCUUACGCAUUUCGAUUCCGCGUCAUCCCCACAGUUCCUUUGCUACUACGUAG